UCUUGUGACUACACAAUAUGCUCCAUUCGAUAGAUUCCCUGCUGUCCCCCAAUUCUCUCUCACCAUCUUUUUUCAUAUCAGAAUCACCAUAAAAGCAUCUUUUUCUUCUUUUCCACAGCAAUAUCAUUGAGCCCUAUUUUUAUCUGCAUCGUCUCAGCUUUCUCCCAAGAAUCUUGCAAAGAGACAAUAAAUGGGUCUCUGAAUGGUUGCAGGGAACAUCAUGGGAAUUGUAGGGGGAAGUGCUGAGCUUAAUACAGGAGCCCGGAUUCCAUUAAUUGGGCUGGGGACUGCAGCAAUCACUCAGAAUGAGGAGGAAAUUAUAGCGGCAGUGACUGCUGCUCUUCAGGUUGGUUAUAGACAUUUUGACACGGCAAGGCUUUACCGCUCAGAGCAUGCACUAGGGAAAGCUCUGAAUUCAGCUUUUCAGAGUGGUCUUGUCAGCAGAGAAGAUGUUUUUGUCACCACUAAACUGAAGAAUACAGAACAUGAUGACCCUGUUGCUGCAAUCAAGGAUAGUCUAAUGAAUAUGCAACUAGAGUAUGUGGAUCUAUUCCUUAUCCACUGGCCUAUCAAGCUGAGAGCAGAGAUUCCACUUGCCCCAGUCAAAGAAGAAGACUUUUUGCCAUUAGAUAUAAAGUCUACUUGGCAGGCAAUGGAACAGUGCAUGGAGAUGGGGCUUACCAAAGCCAUUGGGGUUAGUAACUUUUCCUCUAAGAAAAUCGAAGACUUGCUGAACUAUGCCAAGAUUCCCCCUGCUGUUGAUCAGGUGGAGAUGCAUCCACAAUGGCAACAAAAGAAGUUGAGAGAUUAUUGCAACAAGCAUAGCAUUCAUGUGAGUGCAUGGUCUCCUCUAGGAGCUCCAAAUACUCCGUGGGGUUCUAAUGAGGUGAUAGAUAAUCCCCUUAUUCUAGAAAUUGCCCAAAAGCAUGGAAAGACUAGAGCUCAGGUUAUUUUAAGGUGGGGGAUAGAGCAAGGAGUGAGUGUGCUGCCUAAGAGCUACAACACAGGCAGAAUAACUGAAAAUUUUCAAAUCUUUGAUUGGUCUUUGACUCCUGAUGAUCAUGACAUGAUUAGCAAGCUUGAACAGAGAAAGUUACUGCGUGGAGAUAAUUUUGUUAAUAGUACAACCAGCCCCUACAAGACUGUCGAAGAAUUAUGGGAUGGGGAGAUUUAACAGGGUCAUGCCCCUUGGUUUAAGCCCACCACAGAUAAUUUCCAAUGGGUGCAAAUUUUAGAAGAUUAUCUCAGAAUGAUUCAGUCUCUGUUUCUGGUUCUAGAGAAAGCAGAGUCUAAGAUAAAGUUGAACAAUUUAUGGUAAGGUUUCACUUAGUCUUUUUACACCUGUUGUCUUAUAUUUUCUGGUUCAGCUAUGCUUGUAAUAUCAAAUGGUCAGUUGUUACUUAUGCGAUCUACAUCAGCUUUUCUGCUAUCUUGUGGCUCAUUGUAUUGCCUCUGCCGCAAAUUAUUUUACUGCUUCGGCUACUAUGUUAUGUUUAGUAUUUCAUUUCACAGUCUAUUGACUAUGUUCUUAUUGUAACUUUAUGUAUUUUUUCAAUUAAAAAAAAAAUUAUAGUAAG